AUGGACCGUUCUAAAAAGAAUACUCCAUACAGUUCAAAGAAACCGUCUGUAAAAAAAAUCGUGGCUGAAAGAUUGAAAGCAGCCCGUGAUGCAAAAAGAUUAAAAACUGCUAAUUUUAAUGCUCAACAAGAGGAACAUUUUGAUUUGGUUCCCCAUGAUACGUCGACUGAAGAAAAUUCAGUGGCACCUUUGUUAUUAGAAGAUGAUAGAUCGAUGCCAGGUCCAUCAGGAAACAUAUUUUCUAAUGUAAAUGAAUUUACACCCAGAAAUAUCGAUGAAAUUGAAAGUCAUGUGUUAUCGGCUGAAAAAGCACAAACUCACGAUUUUUCCAACACUGAAUCAUUUGGUGAAAUUAUUGGUAGGAGAAUUGUCGAUUUGUCCUACAUAUUUGCCCAAAUAAAAAAUGUUAAUCAUGAUAUUGGAUUGGGAUGUAGUUUCAUUGAUAUGGAUUUUGUGUCUGAAGACCGCAGAGGCUGUUAUUCAGAGUGCUGGUUUAUAUGUAAGAUGUGCAAUAUUAAAUCGAAAAUAUGUACAGUAAAAGAAUCGCCUAAAACCAAUUGGUCUAUAAAUAAAGCUAUCGUUAAUAGUACAAUAGCAAUUGGAAUAGGAUACACACAAGUAUACGAAUUAUUGUCUGGCUUAGAAAUACCCUCGAUUUCGUCUAAUACGUACACACGUAUCGAGACCUUAUUAGGAGCUGAGAUAUCUAAUACUGCUUGGUCAGAAAUGGAAAAAGCUGGCCAAGAAGAAAAAAGAUUAGCUAUUGAGUCAGGCUGUGUAGGUUCUGAUGGCAUACCUAUGAUAACUGUGGUAGCGGACGGACAAUGGUCUAAACGAAGCUACCGAACUAAAUACGACGCAUUGUCCGGUGUAGCUAGUAUUAUUGGUUAUAAUACCAAAAAUGUGUUGUUUGUUGGGAUUCGGAACAGGUAUUGCGUGAUUUGCGAAAGAUCUAAUAAUAAAAAAAUAGAAACUCCGAAUCAUUUUUGUUUUUUGAAUUGGAAGCAAGGUGCCACUAGCAUCGAAGCCGAUGCAAUUGCAGAAGGUUUCAAAAGAAGUAUAGAAAUACACGGAGUAAAAUAUUCUAAACUGAUAGGAGAUGGUGACAGCAGUGUCACAAAGAGACUUAAUGAGAUACUACCGUAUGGCCCAAUAUGUAGAGUCCAAAAAGUCGAGUGCCGAAACCAUUUACUCCGUAAUUACAGCCAAAAAUUAAUGGCGUUAUCCAAGCGAACCGACUACCCGAUUAAAAUCCGGAAAAAAAUAUCUGCAAAUAUUUUAAGACUUAGAACUACAUGUGCUAUACGUUUCCGUAAAUUAGAAAACAAACCUUUAUAUCAUAAAGUUGCUGGACUUAGACUUGAUAUAGCUAACGCACCAAAUCACCGUAUUUUUGAAAUCCACAAAAAUUGUUCCGCAUACUUUUGUAAAAGAUCUGGUGUUCCGCAAAACAUUAUUUUAGAAGGGAAAUCAAUUAGACAGGAAAUUGAUACAAUUGUAUCUAGAUUGUCAAAUAAUGCAGAAAGUUUGAUAAUGGAUGUAGACAACAACGCUUGCGAGCAAUUCAACAGUGUAAUAAACAAAUUUUUAGGUGGGAAAAGAAUAAACUUUACACAAAAAAGUUCCUACUCUACUCGUGUACAAGCUGCUGUUAUCAGUUACAACUCUGGAGAAUAUUUAAGAUCGGUUAAGAAAUAUAUAACACAUAAAAGCCCAGGGAAAGUUGGUAAACAGUUUUUGCGACGAACACUAGCGAAACGUUAUACGUGCCAGAAAAAAAGAAAAAGUAGUUCAAAUGAACCAAAAUUAAAAUCUAAGCGGCCAAAAAGAAAUAAUAAUGCAGAUGAAGAUUAUGGUCAUGCAGAUCCUCUCGACAAUUUAAAAGAUGUUAAUGAUGAACAGUUUAUAAAUGAAAUGAAUGAAUUUGUCAGAAAGUUGGGUAAAGUUGACCGUGUGCACAUCGAAAAAGAAACCAGAGACCAGGCUAGUAGUGAGUUAUGGAAGCGGGAAAGAUUAUCGAGGCUAACAGGUAGUAAUUUUGGGCGGGUGUGUAAAAUGCGUCAAAAUACAAGUUGUAAAAAUACAGUCCAUUCAAUAUUGUAUUCUAAUUUCACAUCCAGCGCAGUACAAUUUGGCAAAGAUAUGGAACAAAUUGCUAUAAACAAGUUCGAAGAAAUGUCUGGUUUUCAAGUAAAGCCUUGUGGAUUGCACAUUGAUGAAGAAUACCCGUACCUUGCCGCUAGUCCAGAUGGAGUCAUUGACAACGAUAGGCUAAUUGAAGUUAAGGCUCCUUAUGCGGCUAGAAGUACAAUAAAUUAUAUUGAAGCAGUAGAAACUGGAAAACUGAAAUAUUGUACGGUCGAAAACGAAAAAUUAAAAUUAAAAAAAAACAACAUCUAUUACUAUCAGAUACAAGGACAGUUGCAUAUUACUAAAAGAAAAUUGUGUUUUUUCAUUGUAUACUCUCCUCAAUGGAUUUCUGUGGAAGAAAUAAGUUAUGAUGAUAACUUUUGGACUUCUAAUAUGGAAGAUAAAUUACAAUCAUUUUACUGGAAUUGCUUACUGCCGGAAAUCGUGGAUCCAGCAUUUAAAUAUCGACUUUUAAUUUCUGACAUACGAGAUCCAAAAACAUCUACGGUGGUCGGAGCACAACCAGUACCUGACCGUGAACUACCAGUUCACGCAGAAAUUGACAAUGCCGAUGCAAACGGCUGCGCAGAAAUGGUCGUGGUGGAGUUCGUCGAGGUACAGAUGGAAGAUAUCGAAGAGGAAGUCAUCCAGAUGGACCAAGUCCUGAUGAACGACGAUAACGCAGAAAUGGUCGAGGUGGAGUACGUCGCAGUACAGAUGGAAGAUAUCGACGAAGAAAUAGACCAGAUGGACCAAGUCAUGAUGAACGACGAUAACGUAGAAUUUAUCGAAGUUCGAAUGGACGAAGUCCUAAUGGACAUUGACGAGGUAGUACCAGGAGAGAUGGUGGACAACAAUGAGGGGAUGCAACUUGAAAUCGAAAUGUUACACCAAGGCAUCGAUGAAGAGGUCAGUGAAUAUUUCUUCAUAUUACUUAUAUCUAUGUUUGUUAAAAUUUUAUAA